ACUCACAGGUUCCUCACCAUGCGCUGCUCCAGGGUAAGGCUCCCAAAAAUUGCCAAAGCCCUGAUUUGCCUCGUUGUUGUAUUACAGUUCUGCCUCUUCCUUGGCAGUUCCAGCUCCUUGUUUGACUUGGCAAAGACAAAGGUUUUCAGGAAAUUGAACAUUUUCCAGCAUGCCCCAGAGACACAACAAGUGGACCCCCAAGAGCAACAGGGUUUGAACUAUUCUGAUAAUGAGAACUCCAGGAGCAUUUUAAAGGUGACUUUGGGAGGACACAUCACAAGCCUCAAUGAUGUUGUGGAGAGCACACCAAGAAAAGGAAAGGAGGAGCAGAAGGAAACAGUGAAACCAGUUAUGAGUGUUAAGGAAGAAAAGGGGAACAUGGCUGUGAAACCACCACCCCAGUUGGAGGGAAUCAAGGAGACAACAGUGAAAACAACCCCUGUGGUGCAGGAAAACAAGGGGAAAACAACAGUGAGGCCAGCUCCAUGGGUGGCAGAAGCCAAGGAAAAGACAACAGUGGAAUCACUUCCCUUGGAGAAGGGUGGCAAGGAGAAGGCAACAGUGAAACCAUCCUCUGGGGUGAAGGGAGCACAUGAGAACAACACAUCCCCAGACCAAGCAAGCCCCAAAGCUCCUCCUGCAUCAAUGAAAACUGUACCACCUACUCCUCAGGCUGCUGCUGUGACACAGAAGAGGAAACUGAGCGCUGUUAACUUCACAUCUGAGCCACAGUGGGAUUUUGAGGAUGAGUACCUGCUGGAUAGCUCAUCCCCAGCCUCGACCUGCUCUGAAUCAGUGAGGGCCAGGGCUGCCAAGUCUGCCUGGCUGAGGGAUCUUUUCCUGCCCAACAUCACACUCUUCAUGGACAGGAGACACUUCAGUGACAGUGAAUGGAACCGCCUGGAGCAUUUUAUACCCCCCUAUGGCUUCAUGGACCUCAAUUAUUCACUGGUAAAGGAGGUCAUAUCCCUGCUGCCCCCAAAGCCCCACCAGCAGCUGCUCCUGGCCAACCAUGACAGCAGCAUGCCCACAUGCAUCAGCUGUGCUGUCGUGGGGAAUGGAGGAAUUCUGAAUAACUCUGGGAUGGGCCAGGAGAUUGACUCCCAUGACUAUGUCUUCAGGCUGAGCGGGGCUCUAAUCAAGGGUUAUGAAAAAGAUGUGGGAACAAAAACUUCCUUUUAUGGAUUCACAGCCUACUCCCUGGUUUCCUCUCUUCAGAUCUUGGGACACAGAGGGUUCCGGAACAUCCCACGGGACAAACAUGUCAGGUACAUUCACUUCCUGGAGGGAGCAAGAGACUAUGAGUGGCUGGAGGCUCUGCUGUUCAACAAGGACAUCAGGAAAGGAUUCCUGAACCUCAGCGGGCAGAAACCCCGGCAGAAAUUUGAUGAAGAUUUCACAAUGGACAAAUACCUGGUGACUCACCCUGAUUUCCUCAGAUACAUGAAAAACAGGUUUUUAAAGUCUAAAAAUUUGCAAAAGCACUACUGGAGGCUGUACAGACCCACAACAGGGGCCUUCCUGCUACUGACUGCACUCCACCUCUGUGACCAGGUCAGUGCCUAUGGCUACAUCACAGAGGGGUAUGAGAAGUACUCAGAUCACUACUAUGACAAGAACUGGAAAAAGUUGAUUUUCUACAUUAACCAUGACUUCAACCUGGAGAAGCAGCUGUGGAAAAGGCUUCAUGAUGAGAAUAUAAUGAAACUUUACCUGAGAACCUGACUGCAGCCUGGGAAAUCUCAACAACACCUCACAGAGAACAGAAGAGGAUCACCAGAGCCAAGGUCAGCUCUGCACUGCCAGGCACAUUUCAUCCCCACAAAGACAUUUCCCUCCUUCAGCAGCUCUGUAAUUUCACAACACUUCAACAAAUGUGUGAAUGCUGCAGACCCAAAGACCAACAGGAAAUGCAGCCUGCAAAUAAAUCCCACCUGGCUGUGCUGCAGUGCUCUUGCUGGUUGUUGUAGGCAUGGGUAUUAUGAUAGCAGAAUCCAGGAUGGAUAUGGUCCUGUGUGUAAUUUCUCUCUUUCCAAGAAGAUGCUCCUCAGGCUGGGGCCACUUCUCUUCUGGGUGGAUCCUCUCCAUUUGCAAUGCCCAUUUUGGAGCUGGGUGUUGUCUAAACAAACUCCCUGAGGAGCUGGAAUGGAUGGAGGUGGAAACACAGAUUCUGCUUCAGGUUGACUUUAUUUCUUGGGGGGAGGGGGCUGCACUCACUCUGCUCCCUGGAAAUAAAAAGGAUGGACUGGACGCUUCCAGGUGACCAAUUUGAGAGACAAUGAGUUUCACUUCUGCUACCUAGAAUGGCCUUGCUCUGACACUUCCAGAGGAGCACUGCCAUCAACUCCAGGGCAGGCAGCUGCUCUCCAUGGUGCAGCACACCUCCUGUACCUGCUGCCUCUUGCCCCAGGGCUCCCCUGGCUGCACAAAAUGUGAAUUUUGUGGCAUGGACCUGAUGUGCCAAGUCCUUGCACAGCUGGACUCGGUCAUGCUUGGCUCCCAGCUGUGUUUGUCCUGUUGGAGGUGGAAACUCUCCAAGCCCAGGGAUGGAUGCCAUGUGUCAUUGCUGCUGGCUGAAGGGCCUGUCCCCCACGGUGCUGAGAGGGGCCCAGCUGCAGCCAGCACACCUGGGGUGUGUUGGCCUCCUGGAAGGGGUUUUGUAAGCAAAAUAAAUGGCACUGCUUUGGCCAAGCUGAUCUUUCAGCAGCCCUGUGGCUUGUGGUUAUUUAGUGCACCCAGAAUUGUGGUUAUUUAGUGCUUUAAAGGCUGAGAUACAGCAGGUGGCAAAGCCAGGGAAGUCCAGGACUGAGGGAUAAUGAGAUUACCUGGAGAAGCUCUGCAGCUUGUGUGGACACACCCGAACAUCCCUGUGAAAAACGCCAAUCACUUGUUUUUAAAAUUUUAAAAGUUUAAUAGUAACAAAAUGGUUAUAAAAAUAAUAAUACAAUUAGAGUAAUAAUAAUUUGGACA